AUGACCCGGAACAUAACAAAUUAUUUCUUAUUAGCUACAGCUACCAUAGUAAUAGGAAUUUUCGGGACAAAAUUUGUGAUCCUACAGACUAUAUCUAGUAACACCAAUUUCACUUCUCCGUGUUCACAAAGACCUUGUCUUCACGGUGUGUGUCAGGAGACUGGCUUAAACAACGAAUUUCGUUGUUUCUGUGUUAAUGGCUUUACUGGACUCAACUGUCAGACGAACUACAAUGAAUGUCAGAGUUCUCCUUGUUUGUAUGGUGCCACAUGCGUGGAUUAUGUCGCUAGUUUUAAAUGUGUUUGUUCUGAAGGAUUCACAGGUCAGUUUUGUGAAGUCAACAUAAACGAAUGUCUUUCUAAUCCCUGCCUGAAUAAUGGGAUAUGCAUAGACGAUAUUAACGAUUUCAUCUGUGAUUGUCCACCAGGAUUCAUAGCCUCAAAGGCUCAACAAAAAUAUCACCCACCAGUUUCACUGGAAAAUAUGCUUCAACAUGGUGCAGAAACCAUAAUUAUGGGUUGGACAACAGGAUUUCCUGAGGCCAGUUACCUAUACAGCAGAAAAUGGGCUCCUGAAGAUGCCAGAACUAAGAAAGAAAGAGCCCCAUGUGUUUGUCCGCUCCACUUUACCGGCUGGCGUUGUGAAGAAGAAGUCACUGUGCACAUCCCUCAUUUUGGAGGUAAUUCCUUCCUACAACACGAGUUUCGAAGUAGGAGGUUCCAGCAGGGCUUGAACAUAGACGUUAGUUUCAGGACAACAACUUCAGAUGGCUUGAUUCUGUAUUCUCAAGCUAUCGAUAGUAGUGGUGCCUUUGUGCAGCUUGUGCUUAGCGAUGGGAUGUUAAAGUUCAGCUUCUCUUGUGGUAAACAGACAAUGGUGUUUGUUCAGUCUCACCAAAAAGUGAACAGUGCUUAUAUCGUGAACAUCAAUAUCAUACUUAGCUGGAUUCCUGACGGACGUGGAAGCGGAGAGUGCACGGCUUCUCUGCAGGUCAACGGAACGGCUCCCAUGAAAGGUUCACAAUACGUUGUCUCUCCUGUGUUUAAUUUCACAACUUUUUACCUUGGAGGUUUUCCUCCCGGAUUGAACAUUUCAAACGUUCCCAUGUUCAGCAUUCCUGGUUUUGUAGGAUGUAUGAGAGAUCUCCAGAUAAACGGCAAGGAAAGACGUAUCGUGAAUGAUGCCGAAAACGGAGCUGGUAUUACUGAAUGUGAAAAUAACAUCUGUUCAUUAAAGCCGUGUCAGAAUGGAGGCCAGUGUAAAAGUGACGGGGAAGGCUGGUUCUGUGACUGUAAAGAAAAUUUUACUGGUAUUACAUGUGAGCGACGAAGCUGCCCAACCAAUCCUUGCCAGUAUGGAGGAACCUGUCUUCUUACUGGUCAUGACAAUGAUUUUGUGUGUCUCUGCCCAUUUGGUCGUCAUGGAAAGAUUUGCGACAUGAUAACGUCAUAUUCGUGGAAGUAUUUUCACGGUGACGUGAUGGGAUAUUCUUCCUACUAUAAAGUUCCUGGUCCAUCCAAUAUUAAGGAAUUCCUCGAAGUUAGAUUUCGGUUUACCACAUCUUACUUUCAACAGGUGGGCCUACUAAUGUUUCUGGGUCAAGAUGAUAGUGACCAGGAUCCAAUGGAAGAUUUUAUAGCUGUUGGCUUAAUAGAUGGAUAUGUGGUUUAUCAGUUCAACCUUGGAUCAGGUACUCGAGAGCUACGAUCACUUCAACCAAUAAAUGCCAGUAAGUCAUCCCACACUGUUAAUUAUGGGAGAUACAAACGAUAUGGUUGGAUAGUAUUAGACUCUCAGCAAAAAGUUGGAGGUUUUGCUCCUGGACACUUAACAGCUUUGGAUGUGGCUUCAGACCUAUAUAUUGGAGGUCACAUUAGCCAGGAUCUAAUCUUACUGCCUGUUGGUGCAAGACAGUUUAGAGGUUUUCAAGGUUGUAUAUUUGACAUAGAAUAUCGAAACAAGCCUGGUGUCAUGUUUAAACAUUUGAACCACGUGACUUCUGGGCGUAAUAUUCAGCGAUGUAACUACUCUGAGUGUGAUGUGGCACCUUGUCAUAAUGGAGGAACUUGUGUAGACCUUGGUUCUACCUUCAAAUGUGAGUGUUCAAGCGAUUGGACAGGACCGUUAUGUUCAAACCGUACGACACCAUGUAGUGGUGAAAACAAAUGUGCUUUAGGCGCAGUGUGUGUUUUGCUUGAAUCGGGAUAUCGCUGUGACUGCCCUCUAGGUAGAAAUGGAAUAUAUUGUGACAAAUUAUUAUCCAUCAGUGAUCCAAGUUUCAAUGGCGAGAACUCUUACAUGUCGUUCGAACCAGUAAAUAUUCGCAAACAGAUGCGUCUCAGGGUAGACUUUAAGUCAAAAUCAACAGACGGACUCCUAUUUUAUGCAGCUCAGCGACUUUCAGAAACACCAGGAGAUUUUAUAUCAGUUUCACUACAUAACCGUCAAAUUGAACUAAGGUACAACUUAGGAACUGGAACAGGCACAUCAUUAUUCUUGAAGAGUCCCAAGAAAAUAGAACUGAAUCAGUGGUAUUCGCUUGAAGUUGGUCGUCAUGAAAGAAAAGGAUACAUUAAAGUAAAUGGAUCAGAAAUAACUGGAGUAUCCCCCCGUGGGAUGGUAGCAUUGGACUUUUCCUCGGAAUUUUUCUUAGGUGGUGUACCAGACCUCUCUACAGUAGCCAAGGAAGCUGUUGAAAAUGAACCCAUUCCGUUUUAUGGUUGUGUAAGACAUCUGUCUGUUAAUGGAAAAGAGUACGACUUAACAGAAAACGGUUCAGUUGCUGGUAGAAAUAUUGAAGACUGUGAUGGGACUCCUUGUGGUUUUUCAACUUGUAGAAAUGGUGGAACAUGUUCAAUGCAUUCGGAAGGAAACUUUGAAUGUUAUUGUACUGAGCAAUUCACGGGCAGGCAUUGUGAUGUUCCAAUAGAGUGUUUUAACCACAGCUGUGAAAACGGUGGAACAUGUAGACCACUAACAAGUCCAAGCUUUUCAGGUGCAAACUAUAGUUGUGACUGUUCUUUAGGCUGGAAAGGAAUGCUGUGUGAAAUUGCUCUUGAAGUUGAUGUAGCGAGUUUUUCAGGAGAGAGCUAUCUUCAUAUUUUCGAUCAAGGUUAUGAUAAUCUCAACUUGUUCCACACACAUCUGUCUUUCAUCUUCUCGACCACUAAUGACACUGGUUUAAUUUUUUGGAAUGGCAAGGUUAUUAAAGAAGGUGACGACUAUCUAGGUCUUGGUCUUCAAAAUGGGUACCUAAAGAUGGUGUGGAACCUUGGGUGGUUUUCUCGAAAUGAACUGUUGAUUACAAACAUGUCUCUAUCUGACGGUAGGCGGCAUCACGUGGAGAUAUACAGAAUAAAGCAAACUCUAACGCUUGAAGUUGACAGGAUGAAAUUCUUCAGUCACGUCAGAGGGGAUUUCAUGGAACUAAAUACUCAUGGUCAAUACUAUUUCGGAGGCUUUCCUAGAGAAAAAGAUAUUGUUGAAGAAACCGGUGGUCGAUUUACCCAUUUCUUUACUGGGUGUAUUGGACAAAUUAUUCUUCCUCACACACUUAAAUCGGUGAAUUUGAUGGAAACUGGAAAGGGUAGCAAUAUUUUGAAUUGUGAAUACCCUCUGAAAUGAUUUUACCGAAAGAGAAAAUACUAUUUAAAAAUAAACAUUUAUAUUUCUCUGACUUCUGAGGAAACAGCAGAUAGCGUUUCAGUAAAAUAUAAAACCAAAUUAUUGCUUCAUCCGUAAAUAUGUAGUGAAUAUGCAUGUAUGUAUACAGUAAUUGUUUUUCGCAAUUUUACUGUCAAUAGUUCCCUCACAUUAUAGCACAUCUUUUCUCCACUAGAUAUUGUAAUUGGUUUUAAAUGUGUUAAUUGUCAUAUAAACAAUGAAACAACAGCAACUCUGAUCAGACAGAUAUUUUUCUUUUUGUUUCAGUUUAAUUCUUUUCUUUUUCACUGCCACAUUUACAUAUGAACAACUCUUCCAGUGCCAGAUUUAUUACCUAUUUUAGAUACACAAUAAAAAACAACAAAUAGAAAGCUGUUUUAAUAUUCUUGUACGUAUCUGAAACUUGCAACUGGUAAUCUUUUGAAAGUUUGAGAGGAAUACUCUUUCUUCAUGGUGGUACAAAACUACAAACUCACAUGUGAAUAUAUCAUACUUUUCAAGAUUAAAACUCAGAUUAUAUAUUAUUUCACAUGUAUAUUUCACAGUAGUGUUCUAAAGGGAAAUAUUAAUCGGGAAUACUCAAUGACAUAGUAUUGAAGCCAAAAGAAAUCUUGAACAACUGUGAA